UCUGUGGAUCAUCAACUUUACUUCACUCAGCUAUCGUUGUUGUCAGUCUCGAAAGCUCUGUGGAAGCAAACAAACGCGUUUUAUUUAUCAUUGCUCUCUCUCGAUAAACGAAUAAACAAUGCCACUCAAAGCCGUAAACGCUCUUCUCUUGGGUUUUGUGGCAUGGAAUAUCUGUGAAGCUGAAACACGUCUAUGUGCUGUUACCAAAGAUGAUCGUAUCGUUUUUCCGGAUGACAAAAGUGAAGCUAUUCAAAUUUGGAACACCACUAACAUUAGCUUGAGUAACAGCACCGAGUUGCCUUUGAACACAACAACAACAUUGUCUUUGGAUAAACUAAAUACCGAUUCGGAUUUGGAUUCGGAUUCAGAGCCGGAUUCGAAUAGCACAACAACAACGGAGCUGCCCGUACUUGACAAUCGAAUUCUGGUGGACACUUUGCCAGUUUGUGGGCCAGGUUUUCAGCUGCGAGCGGGAAGAUGUCGCAAAUCGGCUUAAACAGAGCUGAACACAUUGUAUUUAAGACAUACAUUAAAUAAAUAAUAUAAAGAGUGAUAACGAGUUUAUGUUUUGCAAUCACUGUUAUUACUACGCGUGAAGAUUGUUAAAUUACUUUUCUACCUGAUCGAAACCUAAAUACCCUUCAAUACUUGAACACGUAAAAAUGUCAAGUGACCAUUAAAAGUAUUAUAAUCGUAUGUAUCUCUAAAAAUAUUAAUAAAUCUCUUCAAUUA